AUGCCUGCAUUAGCACUUCGUACAUUCCAAAGUGUCAGAUGGAGUACUUGUCCACCGAACAACGUUGAGAGGAUGGAGAUUGCAGUAGAUGAAAAGCAAACAACCCAAGAGGUUACAAGCAAAAAGGGUGGCCUUAGGACCAUGCCUUUUAUUAUGGCAAAUGAAACAUUUGAGAGGGUUGCAGGGGUGGGGCUUCAAGCAAAUAUGAUCUUGUACUUACGAAAUGAAUACAACUUGAGUAAUGCUUCUGGGGCCUACAUAUUGGCUCUGUGGGCAUCCAUAUCAAAUUUUAUGCCUCUUCCAGGGGCUUUCCUUUCUGAUUCUUACUUUGGUCGGUAUCGAGUGAUUGCAUUUUCAACUGUCACCACCCUUCUUGGGAUGAUUCUGUUAUGGUUUACAGCCCUUAUUCCAAAUGCAAGGCCUCCCCAUUGUGCGCAAAUUAAUGGAAAUAUGGAUGAUUGUGUAUCACCAAAGCCAGGACAGUUUUUUCUUCUUUUUUCCUCGUUUCUUCUAAUGGCUAUAGGAGCUGGUGGCAUUAGACCAUGUUCCUUGGCCUUUGGUGCAGAUCAGAUUGACAAUCCCACGAACCCAAAAAACAAGAGGACAUUGCAGACCUUCUUCAAUUGGUAUUAUGCUUCUGUUGGAAUCUCAAUCAUGAUUGCAGUACUAGCCAUAGUAGCAAUUCAAGAUGCAGCUGGUUGGGUUGUGGGCUUUGGAGUUCCGGUGGUGCUCAUGCUCUCGUCAACUAUCUUCUUCUUUUUGGGUUCUCCACAAUACAUUAAAGUCAAGUCAAACAAGAGCUUGGUCUCUGGCUUUGCCCGAGUAAUAGUUGCAACUUGGAAGAACAAAAACCUUGCUUUGCUACCAAUGGAUUCGGCUGCAUGGUACUAUCUCAAGGGUUCAAAGCUGGUUGCGCCAACAGAAAAACUUCGGUUUUUGAACAAAGCAUGCGUCAUUAGAAAUCCUGAGAAAGAUUUGGACUAUGAUGGAUUGGCUGUAGAUCCAUGGACACUCUGCACCGUUAGACAAGUAGAAGAGCUAAAAGCAGUGAUCAAAGUCCUCCCCAUUUGGUCCUCUGGCAUCAUGAUCGCAGUGACUAUAAACCAAUUCGCAUUCCCUUUGCUCCAAGCCACCACCAUGGACAGGCACUUCAUAGGGAGCCUAAAAAUCCCGGCAGGCUCCUACGGUGUGUUUGGAAUCCUCACUUUGACAAUAUGGGUUGCCAUCUAUGAUCGAAUUUUAGUCCCAUAUUUAGCGAAGUUCACCAAUAGACCUCGAGGACUAAGCCAUAAGCAACGUAUGGGUAUCGGCCUAGUGAUCUCAUGUAUAGCCACCGCAACAGCAGGAGCAGUGGAGAACAAGCGAAGAGCUACUGCAUUUAGACAAGGGUUGGAAGAUCAUCCGAGGGCCGUUGUUGACAUGUCUGCAAAUUGGCUGCUACCACAACACUGCCUUGUAGGUUUAGGAGAGGCUUUUAGUGCAAUUGGGCAGAUAGAGUUCUUUUACUCUCAGUUUCCAAAGACCAUGGCAAGCAUUGCAAUGUCUCUUUUUGCACUUGGUUUCGCGGUAGGGAACUUGGUGGCCAGUCUAAUAAUAGGAAUUGUGGAUGAUGUGACCAAAAAAGGAGGGAAAGAUAGUUGGGUAUCAAAUAAUCUGAACAGAGGCCACUAUGAUUAUUAUUACUGGCUUCUUUCCCUUCUGAGCGUGGUGAAUUUCUUCUAUUAUUUGCUAUGUAGUUGGGCUUUUGGGAGUUGCGAGGAUAAAAAGAUAUGGGAUGAUGAAGAAGCCACGGAAGAGGUAGAAAUGCAUCCAGCCGUGGGAUCUCCAGUCAGACAUGUUGGUCUUUGA